GCCCUGCCGGGCGGCGGCGGCGACGGCGGCGGCAGCGUGCGAGCCAUGGUGGCGCUGGAGCAGCCGGAGGGCGGCCCGGAGGCGGCGGCGGCGGCGGGGGGCGCCCCGGGCGGGCGGCGGACGCUGCCCCUUCCGGGCUGCCUGCCCGCUCUAGCCAGCUCUCAGGUGAAGAGGCUCUCGGCCUCCAAGCGGAAGCAACACUUCAUCAACCAGGCUGUGCGGAACUCGGACCUCGUGCCCAAGGCCAAGGGGCGGAAGAGCCUCCAGCGUCUGCAGAACACCCAGUACCUCCUGACCCUGCUGGAGACAGAUGGAGGCACACCUGGCCCGGAGGAUGGGGACCUGGCGCCCCCUGCGGCACCUGGCAUCUUUGCGGAGGCCUGCAGCAAUGAGACCUAUGUGGAGGUCUGGAACGACUUCAUGAACCGCUCUGGGGAGGAGCAGGAGAGGGUUCUCCGCUACCUGGAGGAUGAGGGCAAGAGCAAGGCGCGGCGGAGGGGGCCUGCCCGCGGGGAAGACCAGCGGAGAGAGGACCCGGCCUACACACCCCGCGAGUGCUUCCAGCGCAUCAGCCGGCGUCUGCGUGCCGUCCUCAAGCGGAGCCGUAUUCCCAUGGAAAUGCUGGAGACCUGGGAGGAGCGGCUGCUGAGGUUCUUCUCUGUGUCCCCCCAGGCCGUGUACACGGCCAUGCUGGACAACAGCUUUGAGAGGCUCCUGCUUCACGCUGUCUGCCAGUACAUGGACCUCAUCUCAGCCAGUGCCGACCUGGAGGGCAGGCGGCAGAUGCAGGUCAGCAACCGGCACCUGGACUUCCUGCCGCCGGGGCUGCUCCUGUCCGCCUACCUGGAGCAGCGCAGCUGAUGGGGGCCCCGCCUCCCCGGCUCCAAGACCCGCCGUACCAUCCGCCAAAAUAUCUUUUAUUAUUUUUAGAGUUUUCCCUUGGGAACGUGCUCUUCCCCUGGGGGUGGCUCCUGCACCCGCCGCGUCCCCGCCCAGCUUUCUGGGUUAAAGCUGGCGGCUGGGCUGCCCGGCACGACCCACCCCGCGGCUCGGACUGGGGAGGAGACACCCGGCCUGGUCACGUCCCUGUCCCUUCCUCGUCAGCGUUUUCGGCCCUGUGUGACGCUUAAGCGAGGAGGGAGAGGCUGGGUUUUUAUCAUUUUUAAUGAAGUUGGCGUGAUUUGUUGUAGAUUUUUAAAUUUCCCUUUUGAGAAGAAAAACCAAAAACUCGCCCCACGUGAUACGUCGCGGGGUUCAUUCCAGUCCCUGGUUGACCCUCUCCCAGUUUUUGGCUUGGCUUGGGGGGAGGGGUCCCUGGGGCCCCGCCCCUCGCGCCAGGCGCAUGACGUGUUGUGUUUGUGUGUGCACUCCCGCGCGUGCAUGUGUGCCCCGCGACCCAGGACGGAAGCUGUGUCUUAAAGGCUGGUGUCACCCUCUUUUUGGAAAGUGUGUUUCCCUCCCCUGUGCCCUCUGGUGGCUGUUAGGGCCCCGUGUGCUCUACACACCCCCGCCCCCUUCGUACUGGGGAUCUGGGACUUCCAGCCAGAAGCCUCCACCCUCAGACUGUCCUGUUCCUCUCUCUGUGUCCCCUUGCCCCCCGCCUGGCUCUAGGGUGUCCUCGUGCUGGUCAUCCUGGCCUGGGGCACAGAGCAGGGCUGGGAGACCCCCUCCCCCAUGCCCUGCCGCCCCGUGUGUCUGGCUAGUUGUGCUUUGGGAAAAGUGCAGCGUUCAAUAAAUCUCUGGUGCUCUGG